AUGGCUCUUGGCACCGUGCCAAUCGUAUUUUCGAAAAUAGGGAGCGUAUAUAAGCCGACAUUAGAGCCAUUUCCCAUCACUUUAUCUCUUCACAAAGUUAUGCGAGCUUCUCCUCAUCGCCAAACCAUUGCCAAGCUGUUCAACGACGGCAUCUCCACCGGUGACAUCGCUCGAAGACUUCUUCUUCCGAGAGCAACUGUCUAUCGAGUUGUGCAACAAUUGAAAGAUCGAGGACAUGUGUUGGAGCUUAAGAAAAGCGGAAGACCUCGUAGUGUCAACACUCGCCGGACUCGUGGCAUCAUCAAGAAGAGAAUCACACGAAAUGAUGCGGUCAGCAUGAACCAAAUGGCUUCAUCGCUCGGAAUCUCAAGACAAUCGGUUCAAUCCAUUGUGAACAAAGACUUGGGUCUGAACAGUUAUCGGCUCCUUCGUGGCCAAUACCUCACAGAACAGUCCAAGAAGAAUCGGCUCGAAAAAGCGAAAAAGUGCGCCGCCUCUCUGAAGUCAUUUGGACUGAUGAGAAAAUUUUUACGGUUGAGCCGCUUCCGAACCGACAGAAUGCUCGGCAAUUGUUGUCAAAGGACGAAGCAAAGUCCCCAAAACGUCGUCUGGCCUACAAGAGACUUUUUCCAAAGUCAGUGA